AUGCAACUUAAGAAAGCUGGUAAAUGCCACCAGGCGGUCUCUAUGACCGUCUUGGUCAGCGCUGUUCUGUCGGGUCAUACCUGGGCUGCGCCGUAUACUCCACAGAGCGAUCCGUUCAAGGUGUUGGAUCCGCAGAAUUGGGUAAAUCCCGAUAACAUGACCUGGGCAGACUACAAAACACCUCCGGGAACGUCCUGGUCUGAUCCAAGCCGUAAAGGCUCCGUUCGGAACUUCAACAUUGCCCUCGUGGCCGUUGACUACCCGGACGAAGCCUUCGUUAUUACGCAAGCGCCAAACUCGACUGUUUUCGGCAACCCGCAGCCAAUUGUAUCUGGUCUCAACCGUACGGAGGUCCCGGCCUUUUAUCGCGAUUUUCUAAACAAGCCUAGCGAUCUCAAUCACAAUCACACUCUCCAUGAGUAUUGGAUGGAGGAUUCGGGUGGGCGAUUUGGAGUAGAUUUGACAGCUUUUGGUGCUUAUCAACUACCUAGCCGUUCAUAUCAGUACGGUGUUGAUGAUGAGCGCGGCGGGUUCAACGAGGGUGCUUGUCCAUCUGAAGGGCCGUGUUCCAUAGACCUGCGAACAGACGCUCUAGGAGCAUGGCGCGCCGACGUGGGUAACGACACCGCCGAUUCCUUUGAGCUAGUCUUUAUUCUCUCGGCUGGUCAGGAUGAGUCUUCCACAUGGCAAGAGUUUGGCGAGAUGAAAUUUCUCACCCCCGAGGACGUGCCGGACGAGUUCGGGCCUCCGGGUAAUGACAGUCUACCCAAUUAUGCCGCAACAAGAUACGUUAGCUGGACAUCUUGGCAGGCAGCGAGCGUAAUCUGGCCAAAUGCGGGCGGCGGCUCAUCCACGCAGGGAGAAAGCUCGGGCAUGUCUACUUACGCUCACGAAUUAACUCACUUGCUAGGUAUCGGUGAUAAUUAUAACAACCCGUACGGCGACCCCCCGCGUCGCGCUUACACGGGCCCUUGGUCGAUGUUAUCUCGAGGUAGCUUUAAUGGUCCGGGUGGUCCGCACACGCGAUGGCAAAUUCCAGCAACUCUUGGCGGAAGCUUGGGCUCCCUUCAUACCGUUUCAGAUAAGCUGCGCAUUAAUCUAGCUGACAACUCGAGCGUGCUUACAGUCUCGCGUGAGGCUUUAUCCAGCUCUGGACCCGUAGUCGCUGAAAUCACCGCAAGAUGCAUCAAUCCAGGAGAAGGAGAAUUGUUAGGUCUACACGUCGUUCUGGGCAAGGAUCUUUCCCCAUUCUGUAACGUCAGCACCGAUGCUCUUUGCGAUGGUGGCGGUUACAAUAACUACGAUAUCGAAGUGAUUGACAGAAUGGGUGCCGAUUCGUUUACCCCUGACUCGGGAGUUAUGAUCAGUAAGACUAAAGAUGUUGAUAAUGCUCCUUUCCAGUGGACGAUCGAUGCCAACCCGCAGGACAUCGAUGUCAUUGAUUUCUACCGACCCGAUGGCACAGCCUCAAAGUUGACUAUUGGCGACUAUCGCCAAUUAGCCGAUGCGUUAUUCCAUGCAGGUACGCGAUCAGGAAGUGAGUAUGAAUACACGGACGAAGCGAAUCGGCUGCAUUUCUAUAUCCUUGACAUCCGUCGCGACGACGUUGGCAUCCUUCAUUACACUGUGGGUGUACGAUCGCUUGACGGUAGCGGGUCUAGCACUUACAGCGUAGAUUUAAGUGAGGGACAAAUUGCAGAGGGGCCAAAAGCUAGGGCCAGCGUUAAUAAGGGGAUAACAUGCGCGUUCAGCUUAACCAAUUCCGGUACAUACGUGGAUGGUAACGCGACGCAUCCUCAAGAUCUAUCCGCAUAUCUGAACUCAGAUAUCUAUCGACUCAGCGCUGAGGUAGAUAGCGAAGGGUGGCGAGUCGAGGUGCCAAACGCGCUGACAACUGCUAAAUUUGGCUCAUCGAGUACAGUUAAUGUGGCUGUUGGUGCUGCUGCAGAGGCCGCGGAUAGUGCAGUUGUUAGAUUAACAGCUACUUCUGAGUCCGACCCUACCAUCUCCAUCACCAAGGAAUGCCAGGUCAAGAAGUGA